AAAUACGGAAUUCAUCUUUGUUUUUUGGUUUUCUUCAACGGUAGCUAAAUAACUAUAAAAACUUCAGAGAGAAGUAUAAGCGUAAUGGGGGAGGGGAGGGAUGAUAAUUUGAUGAUUUGAUUGUCACACCUCUCCCAUAAUGCUCCGCCGGUGUAUUCAAAAUGGCUAACAUCUUUCGCGUACUUGUUCAAAUUUUUGAGGGGCAUUUUUGUUUGUUUGACCGUACUUUUACAUCCAAAAGAUAUAAAUGAGUUCCAUUGCAACCUCAGUUCUAGAAAUUGAAAAGAAGUUUCAAAUACCUGUGCGCUUUGAAGAAACUUUACUAAGUAAUGGCGGGAAAUUGACAGAAAGACGGGAAUUUCAAGAUGUUUACUAUGAUUUACCAGAUAAUUCACUCACUCUUAAAGGCUUGUGGUUGAGAAAAAGAAACACCAAAUGGGAACUUAAGCAUUUGAACGCAAGAUGUGAUCCCACCAUCAGCAUAACUGACAAAUAUCAUGAAACGUCAGAUGAGACAAAAAUAAUGACUGAGCUGUCAAAACAUGUUCCCAUGGCAACAUCAUUAGAUGAACUUGUGUCUAAGCACUGUCGUGAAUUUGCAUCAUUUACAACUCAACGCACAAGCUAUCAACUUCCUAAUGAUGUGCGAGUGGACUUGGAUGUCGCAAGUUUUGGUUACAGUGUGGGAGAAAUUGAAAUUGUCAUUGAUGAUGAAACUGGUGUGUCGGAAGCCGAACAACGCCUAGAGGGACUAGCUGAAAAACUUGGUAUCAAUUGGCAGAAAAAGUUCCCUGGGAAAGUCGAAGAGUUUCUUAGACUCAAUGACCCAGUACAUCUAGAGAAACUCAUGGAAAAGCAUUUGUUAUAACAGACUAACAUGCUAGCAGUAGCCCAACCAGAUGUUACUGUUAUGCCCAUAUGCUGGGAGUCAUGGAAGUGCUCCCAGUGCGUUCUGUGUCAAAGCUAAAGGCCUGGCAAAGUGGCUAAACACAAAAACAUUUUCAUAAAACAUGAGCCCAUGCACUUUUUCCUCUUUCCGAUUACACGAGAGAUCAAAGUGGCAACAUGGGAAUUUCAAGUGGUGAUUGGAUAAAAUAAUGAAGCACACACAAUAUUUUGAUGAAAAUGUUUUGAUCUCAUUCAAACAUCUGUACAUGUUGUGGAAGCCUAUUGAGUGCCAUGUUUUGUGGGUGGCUAAACAUACAAACUUUAGUGUCAAAUGCAUGUUUGAAUGUUUAGCCAGGCCUUAAUAAAGCUGUGAAGGGGACUACCAGACCACCAUUAAAAUGUGAUAAAUCAACCUGACCCCAAAAUAUACCACAUGAGCUGUGUCACUCGCACUUGAUAACAAAA